CAAAACAUAUUUUCUUCGUUACAUGUAGUUACCUGCUUACAUCGUAUUCAGUGCCUGUAUCAGUCGCUAUCACAUUUAGCUUGCUACAUGUCGGGGAUUCAAGAACUGCCAGAUGAACUCCAGCUCGCAGCUGCGGCUCACGUCAAGUAUAUUCAAAGCUUAGACACAAAGAAGGAUGAAUAUGAGUACUGGCUCACCGAGCAUCUCCGUCUAAAUGGACUAUAUUGGGGACUGAUGGCGCUGCAUUUACUACGACAUCCUGAUGCGCUCCCCCGAGACGAGGCUAUAGACUUCGUCCUCUCCUGCCAACAUGAGAGCGGCGGGUUUGGUGCCGCACCGGGGCAUGAUGCUCACAUGCUCUACACAGUCAGCGCCGUGCAAAUCUUUGUCCUACUUGAUGCCUUAGACGACUUAGAGAAGCGCGGUAAGGGCAAUGGUAAGGCUCAAGUGGGCAAGUUCCUGGCGGAUCUUCAAAAUCGGGAAACGGGCACAUUUGCCGGCGAUGAAUGGGGUGAAGAAGACACGAGGUUUUUAUACGGCGCUUUGAAUGCUCUCUCGCUCCUUGGCCUAUUACAUUUGGUCGACGUCGAUAAGGCAGUUGAUUACGUUGCUGCUUGCGCCAAUUAUGACGGUGGCUACGGUGUUAGCCCUGGAGCUGAGACUCACUCUGGUCAGAUCUUUACUUGUUUAGCCGCUCUCUCCAUUGCCGGGCGUAAAGACUUAAUCGACGCUGAUAAACUAGGCGGCUGGCUCAGCGAAAGACAGGUCGCUUGCGGCGGCCUAAAUGGGAGACCGGAGAAGAAGGAAGAUGUGUGCUACAACUGGUGGGUACUGAGCAGCCUAGAAAUGAUCGGCCGCACACACUGGGUUGAUCGGGAGAAGCUCAUCAAGUUUACUCUGAGCUGCCAGGACAGCGAGCGUGGUGGAUUAUCGGACCGACCCGGUGACAUGGUUGACAUCUGGCACACGUUCUUUGGCCUGACUGGCUUAAGCUUGCUGAAGUAUCCAGGCGUGGAAGCUAUUGACCCUGUCUAUUGCCUACCAAAGUACACUAUAGAUCGUGUAUUUGGCAGAGCAGGAUAACUUCACAACAACUUCUAGCAAAUGUCUGCCCUGGUAAUCUAUUCGUACACCUCGAUCUCACACGUGAACUCUUUUUUUAUUCUUUCUUUUUUCGCUCCUCGAGUCCUUGCUCAUUGGUGAAUGCCUUAUUGGGUAUAGCCAGAGCCUGGUCAGAAAAAUAUCUCUUGCAAUCUAAUAACCUACUAACAUAAGUCUAAGUGGUAGUUAGGAUACAAGGCAAGAGUAGAGAGAUCCCGAAUGUUUCCCUUCUUGCUCAUAGUUUAUUUCACCAUGACUAGAGUCAUACGGGUUGCACCCAGACAUUUCGUACUUGUUAACAGAAGAUUUAUACAUUCUAGCUUCCAUGUCAGGAAUUCCUUUCGUCUUACCGCCUGAAAUCCAUCCUCUAUUUCACUACCUUCUCA